AUGGGAGCAGAAGACGAUGAAGCGAAGAAUAUGCUUCUUCAACUGCCAAAUGAACUACUUCUUCUGAUUUUUACUCAUGUACGUGGACGACAUUUGAUUAACAAUGUUCGUCUGGUAUGCAAGAAAUUUCACAGCCUUCUGGCCAACCAACAAUGGUGGCUUAGCAGAAUUCAUAAAAUGCCGCAUAACAUCCGACUUUCUGAGUCGGAAAUGAAAGACACGAGUUUUGACGCUGCACGAAGUUUCGUAGCUAUUGAAGAAGAGACACAGCGUUGGGGAAAAUGGAUUCCCAGUAAAAAUUUAAUUGCAACUGGUCAUAUUGCUACAGUUGAUGCUCUUCGAUUAUUUGCUAAUCGAGGCUCUAGCCGGAGAUUUUGUCUCUCGGGUGGCAGGGAUAGAGCCAUCAAACUUUGGAGUAUUGACGAUCUACAGGCUAGUCAAAGUACUUCUGCACCGACUAAACCUUGUGUAGAUAUACAAAACGCUCAUGAGGGUUGGAUAUGGUGCCUAGAUCAGUCGAACCGAAUCCCGGAUCAAUUUCUUUCAUGUAGUUGGGAUUGCACUGUAAAGUUGUGGCAGAUCACUCCUACAAGUGUUGAACCUCUCGAAAGCACGAAGUUGGGAUCUGCCGGAAUGUGCCUUGGAAAUACUCCUGAUGGCCUCGCUGCUUGCUCAACUUUUGGAAAGAAGGUGUUUGUGAUAGACACAAAAAAUGGGCUCGCUCCUGUGCUAAACUACGCUCAUCACAAAGGUGCUGUAUUAACUCUAGCGAUGAAGGAUAAUUUUGUCUACUCUUGCGGAGAGGACCGAAGAAUUGUUAUGGUGGAUAUCCGAAAUUCAAGCAAGCCUGCUUUUGGAUUGUGGGCCAAUGAUUAUGUGCGCUCAGUGUGUUUUCGCAAUAAUCAGCUCAUUUGUGGAACGAAUCUAGGCAUGAUUGCCGUACUUAAUCCUGAUAACCUGAGCGUUUGCUCACGACUUCAGGUUUCAACUGGUGUACGACAAGUGAUACAUUCGGGUGGAGCUGUGCUUGAAAUAAGUAGAGAUCGGAGUUUCAAGGCGUUCACGAUCGGAGUUCGACCGUCAGUGCUGGCUGAGUUGAAUUUUGAGUGUGAUCCAUGCCGUUUCGACUAUCGAAACGGGGACUUGGUGGUUGGCGCUGGCGAUGGUUCGAUUCUGUUGUGGGCCGACGAUUCGACACUUUGGGAAGGUUGA